GAUUAUUUAAUGGCAAGGGUCCUUUAGACACUUGCAAAAGUCAACCCAUAUAUUAUUGGAAUUUACCACGGGAACAAGAUGAUAUAUUAUCUAUGUUUCUCUCCUGUCCACGUUGGAACGAGACCGUUGUUGCAAGUAAUAAAUUACUUGAACAACGCUAUGCUUAUGGUAACAAGACUGUAACGCCAAUAGCCAAGCGACUUUCCGAAACAUACCACAUUAGACCACCACUCGAUCCACAUCUAGUACCACAAAUUUUUCAAAAUUGCCAAUUUUGGCUCACGGCUUUUAACCGAACCGACGCAUGGUGUUCACUAUUAAGUCCUAAAGAACUUUUACUACUACGACAUUAUUUCGACAUAAUCUAUUAUCAUCAACUUUCUUAUGGUCAUCCUCUUAAUACACGACUGGGCUGUAGAUAUUUCACUCAGCUUGUGAAUGGA